UUCAACACAUAGAUCUAAAUCUCACUCUUUGUCUCAUGAAUAAUAAAAUUUAUAAGAUUAAAAACAUUGAUCAUUAUUAACCUCUCUUGUGACUAAGCAGAAUAGCAUUAAAUUGUCUUCAUUUAUGAAACUCAGUGAGGACCAUUUCUGAAGAGGAAUCAAUUAAUAAGCUGGGAAUCAAGCAAGCAGCAGAAAACCGUCCCCACUUUGGAUAAGAGCAACCUCCAAAACCAGAUUCAACACUUUCAUUUUCCUUAUCACAUUCACCCCAAAAAGAAAAAGAAAAAAAAAACAUUAAUUAAGAAAAUUUCCUCUUUUUUAAUUGUCAAAAACUUAACAAGACUAUAUAAACACAAUUACUCAUAAUUAAGGAAACAUAUUCCAAGUAACCCCUCAUUUAUAUAGUAAUCCUGUCAUGGAGUUACAAAUUUCAACUAACUCAAAUUAAUUAUAAAUUUUAUUUAUUAUUAAUUUAUGAAUUGUAUUAUCUUAACCGUCUAUUACAGUAUCAAUGACCGAGAUUCAUUACAGUACAGCUUGUAAAUGCAUAUACCAUGAAAGUACCAUUUUUUAUGAUAAAAAAUAUUUGAGUCAAAAUAUCUCAAUCUAAUGGUCACGAUUGCAUGACUACAUACUUGUAUAAUUUCACACAAUUCCAUCAAUUCCAUUGCAUAAAAAUAAAACCCCAUCAAAUAUUUUACCAUAAAGCUUCAAACUUUGCAUAAAAAAAACAAAAAUACCAAAUUUUAACAAUGAAGCCCCGUUUUCUAGACACAGAGAUGAGCAUGCCACCAUCAUAUGAAAACAACACAAGCGAUUCAUUCAUCAACGUUGAGAAUUUCGACACCAACAUGGUGAUUAUAUUAGCAGCACUAUUAUGCACAUUGAUACUCGCAUUGGGAUUGAACACCAUAGCUCGAUGCGCCAUGAGAUGCAGCAGAAGAUUAUCGGGAGAAACAGAGGAACAAGCAACGGCGAGGUUGAACAAAACAGGGCUGAAAAAGCGUGAUUUGAGUCAGAUUCCGGUGGCGGUAUACGGUACCGGAGAGAAUAUUCCGGCGACGGAGUGUCCCAUUUGUCUAGGGGAAUUCGAGAAAGGAGACAAAAUUCGAAUGCUACCAAAAUGUAAUCACGGGUUUCAUAUUAGGUGUAUUGACACGUGGUUGGUUUCGCAUUCAUCUUGUCCCAAUUGUCGAAAUUCACUUCUUGAAAAAGAUUCCAACAAUGUUUCUUCUUCUAGGGUUGCCGGAGAUAUGUUGCCGGAAAAUGUUGCCGUGAUUGUUGAGCAGGCAAGUUGAACAUGUGAGAGGGUGAGAUUUUGGUGUAUGGUUAGUUGUGAAAUUUAAUGUUAGUAGUUAGUAGUAGUAAUCACUUACUUCAUCCAUAUUAACUCACCAACUAUAUUUUUUAAUA